AGUAGAUACCUCUCUGCAACUUUUUUUUUUCCUAGAGUUACAUAUUUACCCCGGAACAAUUUUCUCCAUCCUGAAUAUUUUCAAGGAUAUUUCGGUUAAUUUGAUCAUUGUACGGAGACAGAUGGUGAGGGAGGAGGAAGGAGGUCCUGUACCGAAUUACAAUUUUACCUUUGACUGUCUAAACAGUGAGGAUAGAAAUCAAGGGCAGUAUUGCCUAGUUGACAAACGGGACAUUUUCGUCAUUUCAGAAUUAUAAAGAGAGAUAGAGAGAGACAGAGAGGGGAAGAGAGAGACAGAGAUAGAGGAAGAGAGAGAGAGAGAGCAGGGAGUGAGAGAAGAAAGAAGAGAGAUAGAUAGACCGUUUGGUCCGUUUUUUCUGUUACUAUAUGAAGGUGAAACCAUGGUGUCCGACCAAGAAUUAGCUAAAGGGGUGGAGACUUUGCUCCGUGAACCGAACUCAUUCACCUCCGUAAACGGCGUCGUUGAACAGCUUGAAGCGAAGCUAGGGUUAGACCUCUCCCACAAGACUUUGUUCAUCCGGGAGCAGAUCAACCUCCUCCUCCGGUCACAUCCUCAGCCACCACAACAAUAUCAUCAGCUACCAAAGGACCAUUUUGCCCUCCAUUCUCACCCUCAAUCCCAACAACAAUUCGCUGCUGCACUCCACCCCCAACAAUUCCCUCCCCAUUUUGCCCUUCACCCUUACCACCACCGUCCAAUCGAUGCUCACACUUUUCAGGCUCAGACGCCAUCGGCGCCGCAACCCCUUCCGCAGCACGUGCAAACUCACACGCAUCACCCUCCUCCUGUUAAGUCCGAGGUUUUCGUCCAGAAUGCUUCCACUAAUCUCCCCUCCGAACCACCCAAAGAAAGUCCUCCUGUCGGUGCCAAAAGAAGAGGUGGGCCAGGGGGUUUGAACAAAGUUUGUGGGGUAUCACCUGAGCUUCAGGCUGUUGUUGGUGAACCAAAAAUGCCGAGGACUGAGAUUGUGAAACAGCUUUGGGCAUACAUAAGGAAGAACAAUCUCCAGGAUCCCAGCAACAAGAGGAAAAUUAUUUGUGAUGAUGCUUUGCGAGUGGUGUUUGAGACAGACUGCACUGAUAUGUUCAAAAUGAAUAAGCUGCUAGCUAAACACAUUAUUGCCCUUGAACCCACGAAAGGGUCGAGUCAAGCGAAAAGAGCGAAGGUGGAGGUUGAACCUGCACCUGAAAGUACUGACUCUGGCUCGUCAUGUGUAAUAAUUUCUGAAGCACUUGCUAAGUUUUUGGAUACUGGAGGCAGGGAGAUGCUCCGCUCUGAGGCAUUAAAUCGUGUUUGGGAGUACAUAAAGACUAACCAUUUGGAGGAUCCUCUAAAUUCCAUGGCGAUAUUAUGUGACGCAAAGCUUCGCGAGCUUCUUGGAUGUGAAAGCAUUUCAGCACUUGGUAUUUCAGAGAUGUUAGAUCGGCAUCAUCUAUUUCAACGUUCAUGAUGUCAGAUAGCAGUUGACUGGGACAAGGGAUCUUUGCCAUAUGGUCUCUUCUGAUGGUAGAAAAGAUAGGAAAGACUUCUUUUUCUUUUUGUUUUUAACCUAGACUUUUUGGGGUUGCAUUGACAUGGUUAGCUGAUAUGUUGUUUUUUACAGUACUUGGUUAUAUUAUGUUUAGAAUCAAGGGUUAAUGGCAUGGAGUUUGUUGGAAUUAUGCCAUAACCAUGUUGGUGUAGGUUUUCUGGUUCGCUUCAACGAGGUUCUCGCUUUCUGAAAUGCCUAACCUCAAAACUGUGACAGAACGAUAAUUUACUCUGUACAGACCGGAAGGACCAUUCUAUGUAUGUUGUUUGAUGGCAAAAGCUGUUGGUUUUAACUGCAACUUCUUGUAUCUUUGUUUAAUGGCAACAACCAAAGCUUUUUAGCUGCGUCUUUUA